GAGUGGUUGACAGUCAAUACUUUGUAAGUUAUUUGAAUUUUGAUCGUUUUAUGAAUUUAGUUUAAAAUUAAGAGGGGAAAAUUUUUCGAAUAAUUACCAAUUUACGUUACCUAUGCCAGAUCUUAAGACGUUCACAUGGCGUAAAGCUUUAAAAUGAUUGAUAUUACUGAUGAAGAAUUAGCCCGAAAGUGUUUUCAGUACCCUCAAACAUUAGCCGGUAACCUUAAUAUCGUUUAUAAUGCAGCUAACUCUGAGAUAUGCUUGUGGAAUAAGCAUCAGAUAUUUAUUCACGAGACGUUGGACUUUGAAGAUUCAGCCAAGCACAUAACUCCAGAUUUUCCAGUAAAAGAAAUAUGUUUAGUAAGCAAUUAUCUUUUGGCAUUAGAUUAUAACCACAAUAUUUACCAAGUCUCUUUAAAAUUCAAAAGCUCUGCAGCUAAAAGACCUAAACAAAACUUUCAGAUUAAAGAUCAAAACAUAUUAACAUUAAAAAGUAUAAAUAAUGAUGUGAUAAGUUUAAAAUGUAAAGAUAAUUCAUAUUAUAUAUGUGCCUAUAAAGUUGAUGUAGACUUUCAGAUAUUAAAGCAGAUUUUGAUAAAAGAAUAUUCAAAAGAUAUAAAACCACAAUUAUAUCCAUAUAAGUUAACUUUAACAGAAUUUGAUAUAUUGAAGGAAUUCUUCAAUUGUAGAAAUUCAUGGAGCAAUCAUAAUUUAAUUAUUAUCUCUGUUGACAAGACAGUCUUUGGUUGCCUAUUUAGUUCAUCAGCUGAAGAUCUAAAAUUGGUUCAAAUCUAUACUUGUGCCACAACUAUAUCAGAUUUAAAAAUAUUAAAUAGAAACUGCCCCGAAAUUAUAAUAGGCCUCACAACUGGAACCGUAAUUCGCCUUGCAUUAAAUAGGGAAAGAAACUGUGAUAUUGUUCAUUUAAACACAAGUAUAUGUAAAUUCUUGGAAUUCAACGAAAGCAUUAUUUAUACAGAUGGUUUAACUUUGUGGAAGGCUGAAAGCCCAUUUAAUGAUAUAAAAUUAAAACAGUUCCUUGUUAAACAAGUUAAAGAUAUUAUUAAAUGUAGAGAACAAAUUAUUUGCACAACAUACCACAAUUUUAUAUACAUUUUGAGUGUUGAAGAUGAAUCAUGUUAUUUAAAACCAAAUAUAAAUGAAAAAUACUGUUCAGUUGAUCAGUUGUUAAAUAAGACUCAGUAUUACAAUAAACUACUAGAGGAAAUUAAUAAACUAGAAAUAUUAAUUAACAAAAUAGAAAGAGAAAGAAAUUAUGUAAAAGCUAUAGCAUUAUCAAAUAAGCAUGAAGUGUUGGAUACAGUGCUAAGCUAUAGCUCAACUGUUUUUGAUAACUUUGAAGAUUUACUAAAUAUAGACAAGGUUGCAUUUACAGAUAAUCGUAAAGAUAUUUUUGAUAAAGAAAUUUUUUUUAUUUUAAUCAGUAUAUCUUGCUUGGACCCUGAGCAAGAUUUUAAGGAAAUACUCUCCGGAUUAUUAGGCGAUUUCAGAAUACAUAUAACAUUAUCAACAAAUGAGAAAAUUAUAAAAACAUACACUAUUAAACAUGAAGAUGAUUUAAAGAAAAUGAAUAUAGUUGUAACAUUAAAAAGAAAGAAUUUGGAUUUAACGAAAAGAUUAUUUUCUCAUGUUCAACUUAUUGCAAAGAUACCAGGAGUUUUGGAUGAGAAUGAAAGUUUGUGGACAAGUUUACAUGAAAAAACUAUGGAACUUACAUGUGAUAAUUUUAUAGUAUCUAGUCAAAAAUCAAAUAUCAUAUAUCUAAAACAGAAUAUCAAGGAUGUUGGUGACUCCGUUUUAGACACUGCAAUAAAACAGUUUUGUACUUUUUUUGAAAUAACAAAAUCAGAAAAUAUAAAAACCAAUGAUUGGGUCUUUUAUGUAAAACUACCAAGUAAUUAUAAAGAAAUCCUUAAAAAUGACCUUUAUAAGAAUUUUCAUAGCAGGAAAAGGCAGUAUUUAAAGGAACAAACAUCUGAUUUGUUUAUUAAAUCUCAAACUACCCUUCAAUUAUUAGUAGGCAAUGAGAAAACGGAAGUAGAAAUAAUAAAUGAUGGUUUUUUAAAUCCAAUAUUAAAAGUUUCUAGUGCCAAUCCUAAAAUAGCUCUAGACAUGCGCAAUUUUUUUUCUACUUUAAUAUACAAUGAUUAUUCUGGCUUAGAAAAUGAUUUAUUUGCAAAUUGGUCACUAUAUACUACUCUGGAGACACUUCAGAGAGAAAUAAAGAAAUUUGUUGAGAGUGGAACAAGAGAUGAUUUCCUCGAUUUACACAACACAUUCCAAAGAAAUAUAAUUGCAAAUUUACCAAUUUAUUAUGCAUUUUAUUUAUUUGGUUUAGCUUUACUCCUUAAUCACUGAUUUUCAUUUAAAUCC